AGAACUCCGCCAGGAAGCAAGCAUCCAGUUCCGGAAAAUGACAGUUCCGCAGAGCUUCUUCGCCCGGGAUGGAAAACUUCCCCACACCUUGUCCUCCCCUCUGGCAGCUGAAAUAGCGGUGGCGGGAUAAACGCCUUACCCAGCCAAGAGAAGCUGGCACCCAUUCCGGCCAGGGAGGUUGGAAAGAAAACUGCCCCCUAGGCGCACAACGGACCGUUUAAGACGUUGCUCUCUGCGGGGCGGAAGUGGGGUGCGGACAACGGAAGUUACCGCCCCGGCCCCGCCUCCGCCCCGGCUGGCGUGAGCUGGGUGUUUCCUGCCUCUCACAGUCCGGGUUUGGAGACUCCUGCGUCCUCCGACUUUUCAUGGAAGAGAUGUCAGGAGAAAGUGUGGUGAGCUCAGCGGUGCCAGCGGCUGCUACCCGCACCACUUCCUUCAAGGGCACGAGCCCCAGCUCCAAAUACGUGAAGCUGAACGUGGGUGGAGCCCUCUACUAUACCACCAUGCAGACACUGACCAAGCAGGACACCAUGCUGAAGGCCAUGUUCAGCGGGCGCAUGGAAGUGCUCACCGACAGUGAAGGCUGGAUCCUCAUUGACCGCUGUGGGAAGCACUUCGGUACGAUACUCAACUACCUGCGAGACGGGGCAGUGCCUUUACCCGAGAGCCGCCGGGAGAUCGAGGAGCUGCUAGCAGAAGCCAAGUACUACCUGGUCCAAGGCCUGGUGGAAGAGUGCCAGGCGGCCCUACAACAGAACAAAGAUACUUAUGAGCCUUUCUGCAAGGUCCCUGUGAUCACCUCAUCCAAGGAAGAACAAAAACUUAUAGCGACUUCAAAUAAGCCGGCCGUGAAGUUGCUCUACAACAGAAGUAACAACAAAUACUCAUAUACCAGCAAUUCUGACGACAAUAUGUUGAAAAACAUUGAACUGUUUGAUAAGCUGUCUCUGCGCUUUAAUGGAAGGGUGCUAUUCAUAAAGGAUGUCAUUGGGGAUGAAAUCUGCUGCUGGUCCUUUUACGGUCAGGGCCGGAAGAUUGCUGAAGUCUGUUGUACCUCCAUUGUCUACGCCACUGAGAAGAAACAGACCAAGGUGGAGUUUCCCGAAGCCCGGAUUUAUGAGGAGACCCUGAACAUUUUGCUAUAUGAGGCCCAGGACGGCCGGGGACCUGACAAUGCGCUCCUGGAGGCCACAGGCGGGGCGGCGGGGCGCUCCCACCACCUGGAUGAGGACGAGGAGCGGGAGCGGGAGCGGAUCGAGCGCGUGCGGCGGAUCCACAUCAAGCGCCCCGAUGACCGGGCCCACCUCCACCAGUGAGCAGGCAAGAGACCGAGCCGCCCUUCUCUCACCGCCCCCACUCCCUGCCGUGCUACACCCAGAUCCUGUGCAGGCUGCCGGGCCCCUUCUGCUUCCCUUGGAGCCUGGAGAUACUUUUGUAACAAGUCAGAUGAUUAUUUUGGUAUUGCUUGACAAGGCAAAUUGAUUGUCUUGACCCAGGCGUAUGACCCCUGUCUUUGAACAAGCUGUGUCUAAGAUCUCUACUUUUCAUGAGAAUCUGAGACUCUUUGGAGCCAGGCUUUCUCGGUUCUCAGAGGAAAAGUAUGAAUGUGUGUGAAGUGUAUGUGAGAACUUUUGUUUGCAGUAUUUAUUUUUGUGGGUGUCGACUUCCCAUAUGGGCUUUUUGGGUGACACUCCCUUAAGGGUUCAGUUUGACAGUUCGAGAGUUGUUCUGCAGUUGGAGGCCACCAGAGGUAUCUGAGCUCCCUGCUUCCUAUUUCAUAAUCUUCCAGCCCCAGCAGAUCCACUCCUGGUUCCUGUGUGUUUGGCCCGGACACAAUCCCCACCGCUUUGCUAGAAGUGCUUUCUGCCAUGUCGCUUUGGGCCUAGAGCUUGUUGAUAAUUGCAGCUUGUGGCAGUGGAAAUGUGGCUGAAUGAGCAUCUAAAUCGUUGUGACCAGUGCAACUUUGGGUGCAAGGUUUUGUUUAGGGAGAAAGCUUUUGGCCACCUUGGGCUGGUCUUUGGCCUGGUGCUCACUGGGACCCCACGUGUCUGCGUAGGAGCAGAGCUUUCCAUGGCAGUAAGUGUCCAGCUCUGUUUCUGGUUCUUUCCCCAACUCCAGCCCCUUCCAGUUGUUCUCCUGGUUGACCUGACUCCACUCCAGGAAGGCCAUCUGACCCUGUGACAGGCAUAGCUCAUAAACUACCCCUCCCUGGGAUCCCACUCCUCUUCAGCCUCCUUCCCCAUGAAGCUGGGCUAACUUUCUAAGUCAGUUGGCUUAGAAAUUCAGUGUGGCCCAGACCCUUUUUCCUCCCAGCCUGGCAUCCAGGCAGGGACACCCUCACACCACCAGCCCCAAGGAGCUUACCUGCUGUAAACACAGACCCCCUUGUCUUUGCCUCUGAUUUUUACACAGUGUAGAGUGGCCAGCAGUGAACAGGUUGAGGAUGUGCGGGUUGAUAGAUACCUUUGGGUCUGCUUUGUGUCUGCGUUCAUGUUUAAGGGAUGUGUGCGACUGUGGGUGGGGACGUGUGAUUGUGGGGCACAGGUGGCCCCUGCUGGAGCCCGGCUGGGUGCAACACCCAUGUAGGACAGGUGUUCUCAGUGACCUACCUCCCAGGCUCCUCUGCGCCUGCAAAGGAACAGGAGUGAGUCGUGACUGACAGGGGUGGUUGAGACUAGACUAGGUAGAGUAGUUACCAGGAGAUGUGAAUGUGUGUCAGGUGAUGGAUGGGUUUGUCAAGGGAAUCAUUACCGUUUUAUACCAAAGGUAUUAACAUGGGCAGCCUUUGACAUAUAUAUUCCAAAAAGCGAGUUUAUAUUUUCAAACGGUUUUUACAGCUUAGACUUUGUACGUACUGCCCUGCCUGUGACAGUUGUAUGCCUUCAUUUUGUAUCCAACAGCAAAGCCUACAAUAAAACUUGGAAACAAUCAUGACUGAAUGUCAAAAUCAUGUAUUGGGCAGACGCUUUUUAAACUGUCGUGUGAGAAACUUUUAUAUUAGGCCAUUUGGAUUUUAUUAACUGCUAAGGAAAGAGGGCUUACAAAAUAAUGUUUCGUAAAGAUUUUAUACUGUUUAAGUUUUAAACACCAACCCUGCCUUUUGGGUUGAGCUUUUUUAGAAAGUCGAAGUGAAUAUCGGCCCUGAAAAUGGAAAAGCCAUUGUAUACUUUUUUUUUUUUUUUUUUUUUUUUUUGAGGUAGAGUCUUGCUCUAUAGGCCAGGCUGGAGUGCAGUGGCACGAUCUCCACUUACCACAACUUCUGCCUCCCGGGUUCAAGCGAUUCUCCUGCCUCAGCCUCCCGAGUAGCUGGGAUUACAGGCACCUGCCAGCCCAUGCCCGGCUAAUUUUGUAUUUUUAGUAGAGAUGGGGUUUCACCAUGUUGGCCAGGCUGGUCUCGAACUCCUGACCCCUGAUCCGCCCGCCUGUGAUCCGCCCCCGUGAUCCCAAAGUGCUGGGAUUACAGACCUGAGUCACCACACCUGGCUGCAUAGUUUUUUAAAUGUCUGUAUGAAGAAUGAGUUUGUGGAACAAUUUGAUUUGCUGUGGCCUCUAUGCCUAAUGAGCUAGUGUUUCUGGCAGCUCUCUCUACCCUCACUUUUUCUCCAACUUUGCACCUGUAGUUUUGAGUCUUUGUCUCUCUGGAAUAUGAACAGGUUUAUAAAACAUUCCAUGGUGAACAAAUUCUGUCGGCUGCGUUAUAGCCAUGAGUGAACAGACAGCAUUGGCUGGUCCAAGCUCUGUUACUGAAUAUACAAGGAACUGAUUUUUCUUAUGUUCGCACUAAGGGCAAAAACCAGUAUUUAUAAUGUAAGCACUAGCCAAGUAAAACAUUGGCCCAAGAUUUGGUAAAGAGUCAGGUUUCACUGCAAUGUAGUAACUACAAUUUUUUUACUAAUUGGAACAGCUUUGGUGUGUUGUAAUCAAGGUUUUUGUUUGUUUGUUUGUUUUAAAUAAGCCAUUUGAUUGUGGUGACUGGGGCCCAUGUCCGAGACAAUUCCUGGCAUAUUCUGUCACCCUCCUGUGGGGGGAAUCACUGUGCGGGGACCCCAUUCCCCAGUUAAAGUGUGUCUUUGUACCUUACAACAGCGAUUCGGACCCGAGUGUGAACAACGCUCAGCCCUCCCUCUGGAGCGUGUGCUGUCUUUAGGGCUUUACCCAAAGUCACUGUAACACAGUUAAGUGUGUCAUUAACCUUUCCGUCUCUGCGCUAUAAAAAUAAUGCUCAAAGUUUUAGAUGUAGCCACUGUAUGUUGUGCAGACAUUUGUGGACAUGUAAAAUAAAAGUCAUAAAAUGCU